UUGCUGGGCAAGUAAUAAAGAUAAGCUGUGGUUAGGUCCUUGGUGUCCCAGGAGAUAAAAGUUAACAACUGUCCCUUUGUCAUUUUUUGGAUGGGGAGUUUAUAGUAAGCCACCUGCGAGGGGGAGGGGGUCUGGUGGUCCUAACAUGGCUGCUCUUACUAUUUACCCUAACACGAACUGGGAUGGUGAUCCAGUUACUGAGGUCACCAGACAUCCCAGUGGUCAGACCUGGGCAAUUCGACCUCUGCCCCCUAGAGGCUGCACCCAGCAAAUAUUUUUUAUGUGCUCAUGCAGGCAAUAAAUGAGGUGAUUCCAGAAAACUUGUAGGCUCUGAGCAGGAAGGCAUGUCAGGGUCUGUGAGUACCCUGGCACAGUUGACUGCCUGUGUAAAUGGACAGAGCUCUUCUGGCACGGCCUUGGAGGCAGGGGUGGAGGGUGGCCCUGCAGAGCCUGGGAGGCAGUCACCACCUCUGUAGUGGAAACCUAGGGGACCUGAGGGACCUAGGGCUGUUCCUAUAUAGCUUUGCUGACCCCCUGGGACACUGGCCAGGGUACCCUGUCUUGUAGAGCCUCUUUGCUGCAUGUGUUAGGUGAGGAUACUUACGCAGAUUUUGUGAAAAUAAAUAAAUGAAUGCACCUAUGCCAGUGAUGCCAUCACCUGGUACAUGGGAGCUGCUGCUGUGCCCACAAGCCCAGGGCCCUUCAAGGUGCAAGUAACCCCAGGCCUUGGGGCGGGGCAUUUGUUUUCAGCUAGGCAGAAGGCACUGCUGCUUUGAGGGGUCUGUCCUGCAGCCAGGGAGCACUGGCUAGACUUUGCUGGAGAGCCAAGCCUACAGGGUCUGGAGAAGGUGCCAGUAUCCCAUCAUGACACUGAAGUUUUGUCUCUCCAUUUCAACCUCACAUCCUUUUGGAGAAGGAAGACACCUGCCUUUUCCAGCGGGGGUUGGGGGGAGCACAUAGAACUAGAAUGAAUACAUCACCUCUCUCAUAACAUCUACUGAUGUAGCUCUAGUUACAUUGAACAGCUGCACAGGAGGCUCCCAGAGAUGACGCCACUAGGUGGCCAUCCCACCUAUGGGUGCACAUUGGCAGGAAGCCUUUGUACCCUUGUCAAUGCCAGGAGUCAUUUACUUGGUCCUCGCCACUCUCUUGGGCUCUUGCUCUUUGCUGGCUCUGUUCUAGGCACUGAAUUCAGAAAGGAGCAGAAACUUAAAGGACAGUGUGGUCAGAAGUCAGAGGCGAGGUAAAGAUAUUCUGGGGCUGAGCCUGUGGGCAAGGAGGGUGGCCUGGCCAAAGUGAGUGAAGGGCAGGAUGUGAGGGUCCCCCUGGGUAACACCUGCCACCCAGCCCCUCUGUAGAGCAGCACCUAUCUCACCCAUACUUGGGGUCCUUCCCCCAGCAGGCUACCCAAGCCGUCCCAAGUGGUUACAGGUAGAUAUUCUACACUUGCAAACUGCCAUUCUGCUGACCCCUGCCAAGCAUUUAUCAGACAGAGAAGGCUCCUGGGUGUGCACAGAGUAGCCAAGAUAAGCCCACAAUCCACACAACUGGCCUGCCACCUGAUAGCAGACAGAGGGCACAGUGCAGGGCUUCUGGGCACGACAACCCCAUGGGGAUCCCACUCUGGUGACAGGAAGGACAGGCAUCUGCAAUGGAAGCAGGGCAACAGAACUAUGAUCUCUUGGUGAUUGGUGGGGGAUCCGGUGGCCUGGCUUGUGCCAAGGAAGCCGCUCAGCUGGGGAAGAAGGUAGCCGUGGUUGACUAUGUGGAGGCUUCUCCCCGAGGCACCAAGUGGGGCCUUGGUGGCACCUGUGUCAAUGUGGGCUGUAUCCCUAAGAAGCUGAUGCAUCAGGCUGCACUGCUGGGGGGCAUGAUCCGAGAUGCCCCCCACUAUGGCUGGGAGAUUGCUCAGCCCAUCCAGCACGACUGGAAGAAAAUGGCAGAAGCUGUGCAAAACUAUGUGAAGUCCUUGAACUGGGGACACCGCGUCCAACUGCAGGACAGAAAAGUCAAGUACUUUAACAUCAAAGCCAGUUUUGUCAACAAGCACACUGUUUGCGGUGUCACAAAAGGUGGGAAGGAGACCCUGCUUUCAGCUGACCACAUUGUCAUCGCCACGGGAGGGCGGCCGAGGUACCCCACACAUAUCGAAGGUGCCUUGGAAUAUGGAAUUACAAGUGAUGACCUCUUCUGGCUGAAAGAAUCCCCUGGAAAAACGUUGGUGGUUGGGGCCAGCUAUGUGGCCUUGGAGUGUGCUGGCUUCCUCACAGGGAUUGGACUGGACACCACCGUCAUGAUGCGCAGUAUCCCCCUCCGUGGCUUCGACCAGCAAAUGUCUUCUUUGGUCACAGAGCACAUGGAAUCUCAUGGUACCCGGUUCCUAAAGGGCUGCAUCCCCUCACGCAUCAGGAGGCUGCCAGAUGGCCAACUCCAGAUUACCUGGGAGGACCACAGUUCUGACAAGGAGGACAUGGGCACCUUCAACACUGUCCUCUGGGCCAUAGGGAGAGUUCCAGAAACUAAAGGUCUGAACCUGGAGAAGGCUGGAGUGAACAUCAAUCCCAAGAAUCAGAAGAUCCUUGUGGACUCUGGGGAUGUCACCUCUGUCCCGCAUAUCUAUGCCAUAGGAGAUGUUGCUGAGGGACGGCCUGAGCUGACCCCCACGGCCAUCAUGGCAGGGAAACUCCUGGCCAAUCGGCUGUUUGCACAAUCCUCAGACCUGAUGGAUUACAGCAACGUUCCCACAACUGUCUUUACUCCGCUGGAAUACGGUUGUGUGGGGCUGUCAGAAGAGGAGGCUGUGGCUCGCCAUGGACAGGAACAUAUAGAGGUUUAUCAUGCAUAUUAUAAACCACUAGAAUUCACUGUGGCAGAACGGGAUGCAUCCCAGUGUUACAUAAAGAUGGUGUGCCUGAGGGAGCCCCCACAGCUGGUGCUAGGCCUGCACUUCCUCGGCCCCAACGCUGGCGAAGUUACUCAAGGAUUUGCUCUGGGGAUCAAGUGUGGUGCCUCCCACGCACAGGUGAUGCGGACAGUGGGCAUCCACCCCACCUGCUCAGAGGAGGUGGUCAAGCUUCACAUCUCCAAGCGCUCAGGCCUGGACCCCACUGUGACUGGCUGCUGAGGCUAAGCCACCAUCCCUGCCUUGCCGAUGGCACACGGACCGGAAGACCAGAGCUCAGGGGAUGGUCGUGUGGAGUGUCCUGUGUCUGCACAGAUGGCCUGUGUGCUCUGCAGGGAUGGCCAGGGAGUAGUCGUCCCUAUCUCUGUACCCCUAUCCCCUCUUCUCUCUGGGCCAGCCCACUAGGCCCCCUGAUGCUAGAUGAUGACGGCCUGGGCAGAAACCCACUAGGUGGACUGCCCAUGUCUGAGCACCCUGGCAUUUCUGGAGUUCAAAUAAAGAGGGUGUUUUCCUAAAGCAUGUUCUUCUGGUGGUGUUCUUGAUGUGCUCCCCGGAUUGUCAGGCGGGGGGCACAGGGCCUGGCCAGUCCGUCAGUUUCCUUGUCAAAUGAGAGUAGCUUCCAAGACCUACUGGCAAGGGGAGCCUAAA